ACUCCAAACAACACAGCCAAGUUAAGGGCCUGGCUGACUGACCACAUGGACCACCCCUACCCCACAAAGGGCGACAAGAUUAUGUUGGCCGUUCUUUGCAAGAUGACCUUGACACAGGUCUCAACGUGGUUCGCUAACGCUAGAAGACGCAUGAAGAAG